AUGGUGACCACGACGAUCGAGGACCUCCACGCCGACGUGCUGGGCUGCGCGCUGCGGCGCCUGGACGGGCGGUCGCUGGCCGCGGCCUGCUGCGCCACGGCCGCGCUCCGGGCGCUGGCCACGGACCCGGAGACGUGGCGCGCGCUCUGCCUCGCCGAGUGGCCGUCGCUGGCGCUGCUGGCGGCCCAGCCCCAGCGCCGCCAGCUGCUCGCCGCGCUCCCGCCGCAGCGGCUCUUCGCCGACGCGCACCCGUUCCCGUCCGCGGACGCGGACACCGGGUGCGGCCUCGGCGGAGGAGACGGCCUCCUCCCCCUCCCCGUUCCCGCCGGGGAGCUGCUGGUCUCCGCGGUGGACGUCUACUACAGGGGCGCUCCCCUGCUCUCCCGCGUGGUGGAGACGCCCGCGUCGUCGUCGUGGUUCAUCGCGUCGCCGUUCCGCGUGGAGGCCCUCGAGCGAAAAAAGCCGGCGCCGGCGACAGAGGCCGCCGCUGCUGCGGCGCCCUCGCCGGCGGAGCUGGAGCUGAGCUGGGUGGUCGUGGACCCGGCCCGCGGCCGCGCGGUGAACGUCUCCAGCCGGCGCCCCGUGGCGGUGGACCGCCACUGGUACACGGGCGAGACGCUGGCGCGGUUCGCCGUGGUGCUGGGAGGGUGCAAGUUCGAGGCCACCGUCGCCUGCUCCGAGGGCGAUGCUGGCUGGCACGCCAUCAGCGAGGUCACCCUGGCCGUGGAGGACGCCGACGGCGCGGCGGUCAGCGGCGAGGGCACGCUGCGGCUCCUCGCCGCGGCGAUGGAGGCCCCCCGGAAGGGAGGGAAGAGCGAGCCCGAGGAAGCCAAGAGGCGGUACCUCGAGUUCGUCAAGCGCAAGAAGGGGAGGAAGGAGAGCAAGGCGCGCCGCGAGGCGCUCGUGGACCUCUGCUGCUCCGCUGCCAGCGCUGUCGUCGUGCUCACCUGCCUCGCCGCUGUAGCGCUCCGGUGA